CAGGAGUUUAAAACCAACAUUGGGACUUCUGCUACUUUUGAUAACUGGUGGUCUAUUAUGAAAGCCAUUUAUUUUGGCUCCUUUGUUCAUGAUUGUCUGUACAGACUCGACCCAGAGUAUAAAUCCCUUCAAGACAAAGCAAAUGACCCUUAUAAAUCUAUAAUCCCUCAUGCAAAAGAUGCCACUCCUUUAUCCUCAGUUCCUAUUGAAGCAAAGAAAAAGAGAAAAGGGAAAGAUGGCCCUGGUAGCGGAACCAAGGGUAAGGAAAAGAUCUUUGAAAGCCAUUUCGACUGGCUUAGUUCAAAAUGCUUCCAAGAACAUUAUUUCAGAGAGGCCUAAAAGUAAGGCUACAUAUGUCAGGAUUUUAGCUCCUAUAGAGGAACCUCAAUAUGAGAAAUUGGCUGACUUGUUUAGCGUGAAGCAAUCUAAAAAAGCAAAGAGAACAAAGAUUGUUGAUGCUUUUGUAGAAGAAGAAGAAGAUACCUCGAAGUCUUCAAAAGUUCAGAAGGCCUCCUUGUCAACAGGGAAGGAUGACACCACAGAUAAGGAAAUUGAACUCUUUGAAUUUGGAGAUACAACUGCUUCUAAUCCUUCCCUUCAAAGCAUUGAGGAAUCUGUUUGCACUCCAAGUAACCAAGUGCCUAUUAAUGCAUGCCUUGGACGAGACAAUGUUCUACUAGAAUUGGUACAUGAAAUGCCAAUUGCAUCAGAGAGCAAUCAAGUGCCUAAUUCAAUAGGCCUUGAUCAAAACAGUACUCUGCUGGCACUAUUAUCCCAAGUCGACAAAGUCACUAAUAUGGGUAUUGCACCUCAGAUGCCUAACCAAGAAGACAUAGGCAGAGGUCUAAAUCUAUAUUUUUUUGUGAGUUUAUGGUAAAUUUAAAUUUAUCAUAUAAGCUAAUAAAAUGUCCCUUGCGAUGUCAUUAAUUA